AUGGUUGUCUGUCACUUGUUUCUCCAGCAUCUAACCUCAUCCCUGUUGGCAGUAGCAUUCCUCUCUUCCUUCAGGAGCUCCAUGCUGUAUGGUUAUAACCUGGCUGUUGUUAAUUCUCCUGCAGAGUACAUAAAGGACUUUUAUAACCAAACCAUUGUGAGGCGGAAUGGGUCAGGAGUGGAUGAAGAGACUCUCACGCUUAUAUAUUCAGUCACUGUGUCUAUAUUUGCCAUUGGAGGCCUGGUGGGUUCUCUCACAGUGGGAAUGCAGGUUACCAGAUUUGGGAUAAGAGGGACACUGGUACACAGCACAGUUCUGGUGUUUAUAGCUGGAGGGCGGAUGGGCUUCAGCCGAUUAUGUGGAUCUCCAGAGAUGAUCAUCAUUGGGCGCUUCAUUAUAGGGAUACGUUCAGGGAUUUCUCUCAGCGUAGUGCCCAUGUAUCUGGGAGAAAUUGCUCCGAAGAAUUUCCGAGGCUUCCUAGGACUUGUGCCCAGCAUCUUCAUCUGUAUUGGAGUGUUUAUUGCUCAGAUUCUGGGACUCCAUGAGAUCUUGGGCAAGGAAGAGCACUGGCCUCUGUUCCUCUCUCUAGUUGUGGUGCCAACAUUCAUACAACUCUUGUUGUUGCCAUGGUUCCCAGAGAGUCCGAGAUAUCUGUUGAUGGAAAAGCGGAACAUUCAUGCCACUAUCACAGCACUGAAGUGGUACCGUGCCAAGUGUAACAUUCAGGCUGAGGUGGAGGAGAUGCAGGAAGAGCAGCGCUCUUUGUCCUCAAUAGAGACUGUCUCAGUAUUGCAGCUCUUCAGUGAUCCGUCUGUUCGCAGGCAGAUUGUUACAGUCCUUGUGGUCAACGCUGGGAUGCAGCUGUCUGGAAUCAAUGCGAUCUGGUUCUACACCAAUGCCAUCUUUGAGAAUGCGGGCAUUCCUGCUCAUCAGAUUCAGUACACAACCACAACCGUGGGCACUGGAGCCAUAGAGGUCAUCGCUGGACUCAUAGGGUGCUUUACUAUUGAGCGCGUGGGUAGGAGGCCUCUGAUGAUUGGUGGCUUCAGCUUUAUGGGCAUCUGCUGUGCUGGAAUCACUUUCUCCCUACUAUUACAGGGUCAUGUAUCCUUUAUGCGCUAUGUUAGUGUGGCCUGUGUGGUUGGAAUCAUCGCUGGAUUCUGCAUAGGGCCUGCUGGUGUCCCGUUCCUCAUGACAGGAGAGCUCUUUAAACAAUCCCAUCGACCUUCUGCCUACAUUGUAGGAGGAUUUGUCAACUGGAUAUCAAACUUCACUGUGGGAUUUGUCUUUCCAUUUCUUCAGAUGUCAGCUGGUGCAUUCUGUUAUCUGGUGUUCUGUGGUGUUUGUGUCGGGGUGGCAGCCUACGUUUUCUUCAUCAUCCCUGAAACAAAGAACAAACCCUUUGUGGAGAUCAGUCAGAUGUUCGCGUCAAGAAAUGCUUGUGAGAUUGAAAACCAGCCGCUGGGAACCACUGACCAACUCAGGCUCAAAAAAAUGAAUGGGUAUGGCGCACUGGUGCCUGGAGAUGUGGAAAAAAAGGACAGGACAGAGAAAUAGUGGUGAAGAAAGAAGGCAGUAUUGUUUGUAUGUCAAAUCUGCACAUUAGAUGCCAUAUUUUGAGAGUUUAAAAACUCUCCUGUUCAUUUUAAGAUGUAAUUAAUUGCAUUCUUCUCAAGAAAGCUUGCAGCACAUUGAAAUUUGAACUGCUUCAACUUUGGUUUGUUCCUCAUUCAAAGCUUGCGUAUGCCUUCAGAAGGCUAAGAAUAUAGAGCACAGGUCAUAUGGACUACAGUACAGUUCAAAAAAUUGGG